ACAACAACAACCCUUGCUAUUUGGAGGAAUACAGGAAUACAAAACUGUUCCUUUUCGGAACACAGUUUGACAAAUGGUUCUACAAAAUAGAAUGUUGGCUCUGUUAGGGCUACUUUUUUUAGCCAAUGUACAGGCAAAGAAUCACAAUGUAUUCUGGAAGUCAGACGAGAAUGGCGUGUAUGUAAUAGACGGAGUCUUUAACAAAGCAACGAAAGCCCUUCGCAACGUUGUUUCGACAUUCAAGGACACCAACUGGAGGUUUACUAUUGAUGAGACCAUAGGCCACAAAGAGAAUCAAUCUUUGAAGAUGGGUUUUGCCACGAAAUCUUCUGAAAUUAUCCAGAAUCUGAGUGCUAACAAAGUUCUGGGAAAGCUUGUCUCCGAAAUUUACGGUUUGUCCAAAGUGGCCCUUACUGAAACUCAAGGACGAAUGGUAGAAAGAGGUGAUUUUAACCCUGUAAUUAGUCGUUGUUUUCAGGAUUCCUCACAAUUUUUGGCUUUACUCACCUUGUCAAAGAAAUGGAAGAAAAAUGAUUACGGCGAGAUAACAGUGUAUGACAAAGAUGGUGAAGUUCUUAGAUCUAUUUUUCCUCGGUUUGGUAGAGUGAUACUAAUCCCCUGUGGUAUUCAAUUCAAGAUUUCUCCACCCUGUGUUAAUGCUGAAAUAAGACAUUACUUUCUGCUAUCUGAGUUUGGAGAAAAUCUUUCAAAAUCUAUGCUUGAAUCCAAAGACCAGAUUUUGUCAGAUAAUAGCUUGACAAGAUUUUUUGCUAAUAAUUAUGAGACAGACAAAUUUCAAUACCAAGAUUUUGCGCCAGAGAACUAUGUAACUAAAAAGUUCUACACAAAAGAUGGAAAAAAGAUAUUUGUUUAUGAUGAUGUUUUUCCAGCAAAGGCCAUAGAUAUUCUUCAUCAGUUUAUUGUAAACAUUGCUGAGUAUUAUGAGAGUCCAGUCUUUGAGAAAGAUAGUGCAGAUAAUGUUAAAUGGAUUAUUUCUCUUGAUGACCCACAUUUUGAAGAUGGACCAAUUUGGAAUGUGAGUAGAAAGCUUUUGGCUCACAUUGCUGGCAAGGAUUUUUUCCCUUAUGACCUUGCUUGUAACCAUGUCCGCAGGACUGAUAACACAUUUUCUCACAAAGACAACUAUGAGGAUGCCGAUGAGUACACAGUUUUGAUCUAUCUUAAUAAAGAUUGGACAGAGAAUGAUUAUGGAGAAACAACUUUCCUACAGGAUAAUGAAAUAGUUGCAGCUCUGAGGCCAAGGUAUGGAAGAGUUGUAAUUUUUCAUGGAACCAUUGAUCAUUCAGCACAUCCUUCAAGUCCAGAGCACCAAGGAGCAAGAUACACAUUUGCAAUCAAGACUGCUGCCACCAGAAAACAUGCUCUUAAUAGAAUCCUUGAAAGUGAGGCAGGUCUAUCUUUUUCGGGUGCCAUUGGCAAAUUGAAAAGCUUAGAGACCAAGGGAACAUCAGCUCAAAAGAAGUUUGCAAAAAGUGCCAUUGAUACAUUAGAAAAUGGCAGGAUACCUAGCUCUGAAUUCCUAGUCAAGCUGCAGAAGGCCAUCAAGUUAUAAGCAGGAUUGACCUUCUUUAUCAAUCUUUCUAUUCAGAUUAAGUGCUUCUUAGGUCUGUAUUUAGUAGAGAUAUCCCUAAAGGCAUGGCAUAAUUUUUUUCUGAAUGUUUCCGUGAUAAAUUAUUUUCUGGGGCAGACUGUUAUCCUCCUGUUGCACAGAAAGUAGAUGGAGAAAUUUUUGGGUUUAAGUAGUCAUGUUUAUUUCAGAAUUUUCUUCACUAUUUCACACAUACUUGCAAAAUAAAUGUCAAAGUUCACA